AUGACGGAAGGUCACCUCGCUAAGUUGCGUUACCUCCUGCGGGCAGAUGAGAUCAUCACUCCGGAUUCUCCGGGUUAUCAGGCAAGUAGCCAGACAUGGGCGGCUCACAAGCACGCAAAGCCCAGCCUGGUGAUUCGACCUACUUCGAUCGAGGCACUAAGCAGGGCUCUUGCCUACCUGUACACCACAGACUUGGAUUUUGCUAUUUACGGCCAGGGUUUCGGUUCCGCCUCGGCCAAGGAUGUGCUGGUGAACACCUCGGCGUUCAAUAACUUUCACUUUGAUGCGCAGGCGGAGGUGGUGACUGUUGGUGCCGGGCAGACCUGGUCAGACGUCUAUCAGAAGCUGGCCGAGGCCGCUCCGGAGUAUGGCGUCGUCGGAGCCCGCACGCCUUGUGUCGGAGUAGCGGGGACUAUCGUCUGCGGAGGCUAUUCGUGGGUGUCCAGUGAGCAUGGCUGCAUCUCUGAUCCAAAUAACAUGCUGGACACCCAGGUCGUCAAGUAUGAUGGGUCCAUAGUAUGGGCAUCCAAAGAGCCACAGUUGCUGUGGGCUCUCCGCGGUGGUGGCGGGGGCUUUGGUGUGAUUACCCAGGUCAAGCUCCGAGUGUUCCCCUAUCCCCAAAAGAUCUGGGCCGGUCCUAUCCUAGUACCCCGCGAACGGCUGCAGGAAGUCGCAGAGGGGAUUGAGAGUUUUCUCUCGAAGCCUGUCGACCCUAAGAUUACCAUGUUCCUGUACGUGGUGAAGGGGCGGCUCCUCGAGUCGAUCGGAACUAACUCAAAUAUGCUGGUCAUUCACGCAUUCGACGCUAACGGAGAGGAGCAUGGCCGGUCCUGCUUCAAGUGGGCAUUGGAAAUCCCAGGCGCAGUUGAUCAAUCCAAGAUUACGACUCUCUCUGGCGUCGCCAAUUUGCAGAAUAAGGCGGGUAUGGUCAAGGGUAGCAUGAAACAGUUCUGGCAGCCGUUGCUGCUCAAGAAUAUCACCAAAGAGCACGUCAUCAAUGCUGUUCAAUGGUUUGAAGGAAUACGGGAGAUUGACGCCGCACUUGGCGACUGCACCUAUCUUAUCUUCGAACUUCUCAGCUCGUGCGAUCCUGUGGGAGGAAUUUCGAGUUGUGCCUGGCCACGAGCCCCUGAGAUGAAGCACAUCUUACUUCUUGGAACCGGAUGCCCUGCAGGGGCCGAUGCCAGCAAAGAGCAUCUGGCUCGGGUUCUUGCCAUCAAGGCACCUGCUCAAGUAUUGGGGACUGAUGCAGAUCUCAACGUUCUGCCGAAUGGACUCGAAAACUACCAUGAUGUGACCAAGAUCUGGGGGGCCCAUGUCACCAAAUUGCAGGACUUGCGUAAGCGAUACGAUCCGCGCCGCAGAUUCAAGGGAGCGCUCAAUGCGCCCGCUCAUUCGAUGUAG